AUGCAAAUUUUUGUCAAGACAUUGACCGGUAAGACCAUCACCUUGGAAGUGGAGUCUUCCGACACCAUUGACAACGUCAAGUCCAAGAUCCAGGACAAAGAAGGCAUCCCACCAGACCAGCAGAGGUUGAUUUUCGCCGGUAAGCAGUUGGAAGACGGCAGAACCUUGUCAGACUACAACAUUCAGAAAGAGUCCACCUUGCACUUGGUGUUGAGAUUGAGAGGUGGUAUGCAAAUCUUUGUCAAGACAUUGACCGGUAAGACCAUCACCUUGGAGGUGGAAUCUUCCGACACCAUUGACAACGUCAAGUCCAAGAUCCAGGACAAAGAAGGCAUCCCACCAGACCAGCAGAGGUUGAUUUUCGCCGGUAAGCAGUUGGAAGACGGCAGAACCUUGUCAGACUACAACAUUCAGAAAGAGUCCACCUUGCACUUGGUGUUGAGAUUGAGAGGUGGUAUGCAAAUCUUUGUCAAGACAUUGACCGGUAAGACCAUCACCUUGGAGGUGGAAUCUUCCGACACCAUUGACAACGUCAAGUCCAAAAUCCAGGACAAAGAAGGCAUCCCACCAGACCAGCAGAGGUUGAUUUUCGCCGGUAAGCAGUUGGAAGACGGAAGAACCUUGUCAGACUACAACAUUCAGAAAGAAUCCACCUUGCACUUGGUGUUGAGAUUGAGAGGUGGUAUGCAAAUUUUUGUCAAGACAUUGACCGGUAAGACCAUCACCUUGGAAGUGGAGUCUUCCGACACCAUUGACAACGUCAAGUCCAAGAUCCAGGACAAAGAAGGCAUCCCACCAGACCAGCAGAGGUUGAUUUUCGCCGGUAAGCAGUUGGAAGACGGCAGAACCUUGUCAGACUACAACAUUCAGAAAGAGUCCACCUUGCACUUGGUGUUGAGAUUGAGAGGUGGUUUAUAG